GUGAGUGGCAUCAAGACGCUGUACGAGUCGGAGCUAGCCGAUGCCCGCAGGGUGCUGGACGAGACGGCCCGAGAGCGUGCCCGGCUGCAGAUCGAAAUAGGGAAGCUGAGAGCCGAUCUGGACGAGGCCGACAAGAGCUCCAAGAAGAGGGAGGGGGAGCUCACGGUGGCCCAGGGCCGCGUGAAGGACCUGGAGUCCCUGUUCCACCGGAGCGAGGCGGAGCUGGCCGCUGCCCUCAGUGACAAGCGCAGCCUGGAGAACGAGGUGGCUGAGCUGCGGGCCCAGCUGGCCAAGGCAGAGGACGGCCACGCGGUGGCCAAGAAGCAGCUGGAGAAGGAGACGCUGAUGCGCGUGGACCUGGAGAACCGCUGCCAGAGCCUGCAGGAGGAGCUGGACUUCCGGAAGAGCGUCUUUGAGGAGGAGGUGCGGGAGACGCGGCGGCGGCACGAGCGCCGCCUGGUGGAGGUGGACAGCAGCCGGCAGCAGGAGUACGACUUCAAGAUGGCGCAGGCGCUGGAGGGGCUUCGCAGCCAGCACGACGAGCAAGUGCGGCUCUACAAGCUGGAGCUGGAGCAGACCUACCAGACCAAGCUGGACCACGCCAAGCUGAGCUCUGACCAGAACGACAAAGCGGCCAGCGCUGCCCGGGAGGAGCUGAAGGAAGCCCACAUGCGGCUCGAGUCCCUGGGCUACCAGCUCUCUGGGCUACAGAAGCAGGCCAGUGCCGCUGAGGACCGGAUCCGAGAGUUAGAGGAGGCCAUGGCUGGGGAGCGGGACAAGUUCCGAAAGAUGCUGGACGCCAAGGAGCGGGAGAUGACCGAGAUGCGGGACGUGAUGCAGCAGCAGCUGGCCGAGUACCAGGAGCUGCUGGAUGUCAAGCUGGCCCUGGACAUGGAGAUCAACGCGUACCGCAAGCUGCUAGAGGGCGAGGAAGAGAGGCUGAAACUAUCCCCCAGCCCCUCAUCGCGGGUGACCAUCUCUCGGGCCACUUCAAGCAGCAGCGGCAGCAGCGUGUCCACCGCUGGGCGCUCAGGCCGCGGCAAGCGAAAGCGGCUGGAGGCAGAGGAGCCGCCGGGCACGGGCUCCAGUGGCAUCGGGACCGGCAGCAGCAGCAGCAGCAGCAGCUUCCACCUGGCCCAGCAGGCCUCGGCGUCAGGCAGCGUCAGCAUCGAGGACGUCGACCUGGAGGGCAAGUUUGUGCAGCUCAAGAACAACUCAGGCAAGGAUCAGUCCCUGGGCAACUGGAAGAUUAAGAGGCAGCUGGUGGAAGGGGAGGAGAUCGCCUACAAGUUCACGCCCAAGUAUGUGCUGCGGGCUGGCCAGACCGUCACGGUGUGGGCAGCUGGUGCGGGGGUGGCCCACAGCCCCCCCUCAACACUCGUGUGGAAGAGCCAGAACAGCUGGGGCGUGGGCGAGAGCUUCCGGACCGUCCUGGUCAAUGCUGACGGGGAGGAAGUGGCCAUGAGAACCGUGAAGCAGACCUCCGCGGCUCGGGAGACUGAGAACGGGGAGGAGGGAGAAGAGGAGGAAGCGGAAUUCGGGGAAGAGGAUCUUUUCCAUCAGCAGGGGGACCCCAGGACCACCUCUCGAGGCUGCCGCGUGAUGUGAAUGGAAUUUCCUCCUCACACAUCUCUUCCCAGAGCCACUGAAGACUAUUUUUAUAUCA